AUGAGAAAACGUAUCAACAUGGAAAGUGAUGCUGAGUACAACUUUGCCACAUCCUCCACCACCUCCUCCACCACCACCACCACCCACACCAACACUUCUAGCACAUCCUCUACCUCAAAUUCAGUUACAUGCACCAAAACUCCACCAAAUGAAGCCAAAAAAGCUAAAAACUUGGAAGAAAAUGGAAAGGACCCAAAAGGGUGUAAGAAGAGGCAGCGAGAAAAUAGCAAUCAUCACACAUAUAGAGGUGUAAGAAUGAGAAAUUGGGGCAAAUGGGUAUCUGAGAUCCGUGAGCCAAGAAAGAAGUCAAGAAUAUGGCUUGGAACAUACCCUACAGCAGAAAUGGCAGCAAGAGCACAUGAUGUAGCUGCCUUAGCCAUAAAGGGUCAUUCAGCAUAUCUCAAUUUCCCUGAAUUGGCUCAACAACUUCCAAGGCCAACAACAACAUCACCAAAGGACAUUCAAGCUGCAGCAGCAAAGGCUGCAAACACUACAUUUCAAAUGGUUAAGUAUUGUCAAGUUGAAGAAGCUGAACCAAGACAAGCAGAACAAGCUUCAUCUUCAACUCUAUCAUCAAUGGACAAUACUCAUGAGUCUUCAUCUUCUCCCUCUACCCUUGAUGAUGACACUUUGUUUGACCUACCAGAUCUUUUCCCUGAUCAAAACCAUGCACUUUGCUCCAAUUCUUAUUCUUGGAAUGUAUGUGCAGUUGACAGUGGAUUAAGGCUUCAAGAACCUCUUUUUUGGGAGAACUACUAG